CCAGGAAGUGGCCACGGUGCCAAGAACAAGGAAUCGUGUGGCAAAGUUGGUGUUCCAAAAAAUGUGUUAAAAAAGCAUAAAUGCGACGUUUGUGAAUAUUCGACCAAUAAUAAAGGUCAUUUGAAACAGCACUUGUUGAAACACACUGGCUGCUUGCAAGGAUUCGAUGGAGAGGAGGAGAAGACGGAACACGAAUCGAACUGCAAAAUUCGUCGUUACGAAUGUCAUUUGUGCAAGGAAUCGUUUGGUUCACUUAAGGCAAAUAUGGUGAAUCACAUGCGCGUACACAGUGGUGACAAACCGUUCGGGUGUGAAGAAUGUUCGAAGGAGUUC